UCUUGAUUGAAAUUAGGUUGCUGUUCUCAAAGAAUAUUUGCUAGAUAGACAUAAUUAUGAUCACUAAUUUACAGAAUCACAAGCCUGAAAAUUAUGAGAUCUUAAUUAUUUUCUGGACUGUCUUAAUUGAGAUUAGAUUGCUGUUCUCAAAGAAUAUUUGCUAGAUAGGCAUAAUUAUGAUCACUGAUUUACAUAAUCAUAAGCCUGAAAAUUAUGAGAUCUUAAUUAUUUUCUGGACUGUCCAUUUUUUCAAAAAAUCAUUUUAAAGAAAAAUGGCCAAUCUACAGGUGCAAGUCAACUUUUUAGAGAACGGUAGAGGAGGAUUUUAUCUUCUUAAUGGUGGGUAUAAGUAUUCAGUGAGGACAAGACGCAACGACCGAACAUAUUGGAGAUGUGUAGACCGACAGUGCCCUGCUACAGUUGUUACAGUGGACAACAUCCUUGUGUCUUUUGGACGGCCUCACAAUCAUGAAGGGGACUUCAUUGGUUUGGCAGCAGAAUCCUUCGUCAGCAAAGUGAAGAAAAGAUGCAGAGAUGAAGCAGCACCCAUACCCUCUAUAUAUGAUGCAGAGUUAGGAGCACUGCGGAAUGCUGACUGUGAUGACACUGUGGUAGACAUGAUUAAACAGAUCCCUACUUUUCAAUCCUGCAAGUCUGUGCUGUGCCGUAGUCGAGGGAAAAUGAUGCUCAAACUUCCCACCACACAAGAGGAAAUCAACCUCCAGGAUUCAUGGACGGAGACCUUUUCCCGUGAGAGAUUCCUGUUAUGUGACGACAGAGAUGAAGCAGGAAACAGAAUAAUUGUGUUUGCCACUGAUGCCAAUCUUCAGAGACUUUGUGCCUCUUCAACUGUGUUUAGUGAUGGGACUUUUUAUUCCUGUACAUCUCUUUUCGCCCAGCUAUACACUCUUCAUGCAGAUGUUGAUGGAACAGUUUUCCCUCUUGUGUUUGCCUUGCUUCCCAACAAGACUGAAGCAACUUACAGACGUCUGUUUUCCCUGUUGAAGACCGCAGUCAAUGAACGACAUUCUGUGUUGACACCUGAAUCCUGAAUGAUCGAUUUUGAGGUGGCAGCCAGAAAUGCAGUGAAAGAUAACUUUCCAAACACAACCAUUCGCGGAUGCUUUUUCCACUACACUCAGUGCAUUUGGAGGAAAGUUCAAAACUGUGGCCUAACAACUGAGUUUAGAGAGAAUGAGGACUUCCAUCGCCUUGUGAGAAGAGCUGCCGUCCUCCCCCUGGUUCCAGAUCACCGUGUUGAAGAUGUGUGGUUCCAGGCCUUAGAGGAUAAUGAUGACAAUACCGAUGCCAUUAUGCGAUUCAAGGAUUAUGUGACAGAGACGUGGGUUGAGGGACAUCUUCAUCUUUGGAACCACUUUGAUCAUGACGGUCCAAGAACCACCAACGCAGUUGAGGAAUGGCACCACAAGUUUAACAGAAUGUGCAGACGUGCCCACCCAAAUAUCUUUGUGUUCGUAGAGAUGCAAAAAAAGGAACAAGCUGCAAAUGAGGCAAAGAUCAUUCAGAUUACAGCAGGAGGUGUCGUAUGUCCCAAAAAGAGGAAAUACCGCCAGUUGGAUUCUCGUCUACAGCGUCUCAAGGACAGGAUGCGUCAAGGUCAAAUGGACAUAGUAGCAUAUGCGGAUGCAGCUUCCCAUCUAAUUCAUUUCGAGUGAAUAGUGAUCAUGGUGAAAUGAUGUAAAUGUGUGGGUUUUUUUUUCGCGUGAACAGUAAUUGGAUUGUGAUGACUGUGGUUGUCGAUACAUGAUUUCUAUUUCAUUUGUGUCUCAUUUAUUAUCAUAUCUUAUAACAUUUUAAUAUGCAACAUUAAUAAAAUAUUAUUACUUUAUACAAGCACUUUUUAUUUCAUAUCAUGUAUUUUAGAGUUGAAAUAGUAUCUACCAUAAAUGUAAUUCUAAAUUGAGAUUUCAUGUAUAUUUGCAUGAUAAAACAAAAUAACUAAAUAAAUAUUUAAUGUUUAUCAUUUGAAACUUGGUAUUUUUUAGGUACAUUAAUGUUAAGCUAUAAUUUAAAGUAAUUGAUUUACAAAAUUAAGAUUAAAAAGACAAAGAAGACAAACUAUUAUAUAUCCAGCAAAAUAAAAUUCAUAAAUAGAAGGAAAACAAACCAG